AUGAGCUCCAAGUCUAAGAAGAAGUCAACAGGUGCCAGUGAUGCCCCUGUAGAACCUAAGAAGAUCAAGCUCCCCAAAUCAUAUAUUGUACGGCCAACUCCUAAUGCUGGUGUUAAGUCUAUCCUCAAAGUUUAUUUGAACCCUGAGAUAUUCACUUCUUUAGAAUUAAGUAACAAUGAUCUUAUGAUGAUAACUAAGGAAAGUGGUGGUUUUGGAGUCAUUGCUGGGAUUUAUAGCGAUGAUACGAUAGAAAAUAAUGUUAUAGGAAUGAGUCAGAAUCUAAGAAAACUCGGAGGUAUCUUAUUGGGUGAUAGAGUGACCUUUAGUAAAUAUAAACCUUUGGUAGAAGCAGAUUCCAUAUCCAUUCAUAUCAAAGGAGAUGCAGAUAAACAGAAGAAAAUAGAGAAGACAAUGGAUGAGUUCUCGUUGGUAUCACCAGGUCUCAAGUUUACUGUGGAUGAUACUGAAGUUAUUGUAACAGAUGUUAAUUCCAUAACGUCAUCAAUGGAUAACUUAUCACUUAAUGAAGUAAUCUGUGACACUGUGACACCCACAUAUUUGUUCAACCGUGGUAAGACUGUGGUACAGACUGUUGAUUCAGAUACCAUAAAUUGUAAGAAAUAUCCUAAUCUUCCUCAAACCAUGAGUUUCCUGAAAAUAGGAGGGCUUUCUAAACAAAUCGAUUUACUUCAAUCUACCAUCGACGUUCCCUUAAACAACCCACAAUUAUUUUCAGAUUUCGGAUUAUCUCCUCCAAGAGGGAUUUUACUCCAUGGACCUCCAGGGACAGGUAAGUCCAUGUUACUUAAUAGUAUUGCCUAUAAUACUGAUGCUCAUAUACUUUCCAUCAAUGGGCCUUCCAUAGUACUGAAGUAUUUGGGAGAAACAGAAACUAAGAUCAGAGAAAUAUUCAUGGAAGCCAGAAAGUAUCAACCAUCAAUUAUACUUAUGGAUGAGAUCGAUUCCAUGGCACCUAAUAGAAAUUCCGAUGAUAGUGGAGAAACUGAAUCUAGAGUGGUGGCUACUAUCCUUACUAUGAUGGAUAGCAUAAGCAUGAAUGAUAAUUCGAAGAUAGUUAUAAUAGGAGCCACCAACAGGGUUAAUUCUAUUGACAGUGCUUUGAGAAGACCCGGUAGAUUUGAUCAAGAAAUUGAAAUCGGGAUUCCUGACGUCGAUGACAGAUUUGAUAUCCUUAAAAGACUUAUUUCAAAGAUGAACAACGACAAAUAUGAUUUGAAUGAAGAAGAAAUUCGAGACAUUUCAUCUAAGACCCAUGGUUAUGUGGGAGCAGAUUUAGUAGCAUUAAUCAGAGAAUCAGUGAUGAAAGCUAUAUCCAGAGGCUUACUAACGUCUUCGACAUCCAUCACACUUACCACCAAGGAUAUCAAUGACUCUCUUCCGGAUAUAAGGCCAUCAGCUAUGAGGGAAAUUUUCUUGGAAAUGCCCAAAGUUCAUUGGUCAGAUAUUGGAGGGCAACAUGAUUUGAAACAGAAACUUAUAGAGGUCAUCGAGCUUCCUUUAGAAGCCAAUGAAACUUUUGUCAAACUAGGAAUCUCAGCUCCCAAAGGGGUGUUAUUAUAUGGACCUCCAGGAUGUUCUAAAACCCUCACAGCUAAAGCCUUAGCUACGGAAUCAGGAUUAAAUUUCCUAGCUGUUAAAGGACCAGAAAUCUUCAAUAAGUAUGUGGGAGAAAGUGAAAGAGCUAUACGAGAGAUUUUCCGUAAGGCACGUUCAGCCGCACCCUCAAUCAUCUUCUUUGAUGAAAUUGAUGCCAUCAGUGGUGAUAGAGAAAAUGCUUCUACAUCAGCAGCUCAACAAGUUUUGACGUCAUUAUUGAAUGAAAUCGAUGGGGUUGAAGAAUUGAAAGGUGUAGUGAUCAUUGGAGCUACCAAUAGACCUACCGAAAUCGAUCCGGCAUUAUUGAGACCUGGUCGUCUUGAUAGACAUAUUUAUGUUGCUCCUCCUGAUUAUGAAGGAAGAUUAGAGAUCUUAAGUAAGUGUUGUAAGAAGUUCAAUCUUUCUCAAGACAUCAAAUUAGAAGAUCUUGCAAAAAUCACCGACGGAUGUUCAGGAGCGGAAGUUACAUUAUUAUGUCAAGAAGCUGGAUUAGCAGCCAUCAUGGAAGAUAAGAAUGCUACAUCAGUUCAACAGAAACAUUUCGAUCAUGCUUUGAAAGGCAUAAGUAGAGGUAUCACCGAAGAAAUGUUAGAUUAUUAUAAAGAAUUUGCUAAGAAAUCAGGAUUAUCUAUUUAA